CGCAGUGACUCGUGUUUACAUACACAUUUUUUUGUAAACAUGGGGAAUUUAUAACUAUUUGUGAAAUAAAUAUUUCAUAUUAAUAUGGCAGGAGUGCAUCCAGAUAAUCAAGAACGGCUUAACUGGAUCGAAUUCUGUGAUAGGCAUGCUAAAAUUGCGGCAACAGAUUUUGCGAAGGCAUUUUGCAGCUACGUUACAGCCAAUUUACCUGAAAAUGCGAGGGCGACAGUUUCGCACCACGAUUUUAUACGCAAAUUCGUCGAUUGUUUCGUGGACCAUUUCCAGGAAGAGCUUGCGAAGAAGAACUUUAACCAUCACAAAGAAAAGUUUGUUAAUGGAAACAACGUCCUUCCAAACUCCAACUCUGGAGCUGGUAACGCCCUACGAGCGAACAGCCACGAGGAAUUUAGCGAUUAUUCCGAACAUGAAGCAGAUUCUCCAUCCCCAAAGACACAGCAUAAGCCCUUUUUCCGUAGACUUUCCUUUAAAGGUUUAAAGAAAGGCAAAGGUUUCUUCCAUAAGCAACACUCUGAUGAAGUGGAAUUGUCAUCCCAUCAUGAUAAACACUCUAAGCACGACAAGCAUUCAAAAACGAAGUUGGCGAAAAUCGUUGUCGAGUGUCGAAAAGAGGGUAUUGUAAAUUAUCUAAUGGGUGAGAAUAUGGAUGGUACGCAGAAAUGGGAAAAGUGUAGAUUAGCUCUGGUGAAAACUGUUGGAGGUUAUAUGUUGGAAUUUUACUCUCCCCCAAAGGCAGUUAAACCCAAAAGUGGUGUUUUCUGUUUUCUUAUUACCGAAGCAAGGGAAACAACAGCCUUGGAAAUGCCUGACCAUGAAAAUACAUUUGUCCUUAAGGCCGAGAACAAUAUGGAAUAUGUAAUUGAAGCACAUGAUACAGAUGACAUGAGGUCUUGGUUGGCAACUAUAAAGUACUGCAUGCGUACAGCUCUACCUAAUAGUGAUAGUCAAGAUGGCAGCCGGAGUCUCUUGGGUGAUGGGGAACGCUUACGAGGUCCUGCAACAGGGAAGGUAGAUGGGGAGGGCACUGCCAUUGGUGGUGAGCACCCUCCAGAACUUCCUCCACGACUUCAAGGUGCAGCAGCAGGUGCUGGCAUUCGAACUGACGGCACUGGCGCCCGGCUCUCUAGCAACAGCCACUUUGAAUUAGCAGGUGCCACAGCAGCUGAGCCAGAGCUAGACUUAUCAGCCUCACUACGAGAGUAUCCCUGGUUCCAUGGCACUCUGCCUCGUUCUGAUGCUGCUCAGCUUGUGCUUAAUGAUGGUGCCUCUGGGCAUGGCAUAUUCCUUGUCCGACAGAGUGAGACCCGAAAAGGAGAGUUCGUGUUGACUUUCAACUUUCAAGGCCGUGCUAAGCAUUUACGCAUGACCUUGAAUGAUCAGGGACAAUGUCGUGUACAGCACUUAUGGUUCCCAACCAUUUUUGACAUGCUUGAACACUUCCGACAACAUCCAAUUCCUUUGGAAUCAGGAGGAACAGCAGAUGUCACUCUGACAGAUUUUGUGCUUAUUUCCCAAACCGGAACAUCUCGGACCUCAGCAGCUGCACCUAGUACUAGUGCUUCUGCAGCUGCUACUGCUGCAUCAACCAGUGGCCUCACUGCUGGAACUCCAACUGGAGCUUUGGCUCCAGCUGCUGAGAUUCGCCGAGUGCCUGUACCGCCUGAGCCUAGAGAGGACGUGAGCAAAUCUUGAGAAGUCACUGGGUCUUUUUAAGCCUCCAUCACGCAGUGUGUAGUGCAGGGCUUGUUUUUGUGUGGUGUUGACUGAAUGGCGUGGUCUGUGGUGGUGCCAGCAGGUGGUAACCCAUAGCGGCUCGAUUCGCGUGCGCACCGAGUCAAUGGAGCGCCUUCAGGAGCGCCAGAGUGGCUCCGGAGGCUCUGCUGGCGGCAGCCGAGCCGUGGAGAACACCUACAGCUUCGUGUAAAGCACCUGUGCGACUCACUGCGAAUCCUUCUCUUCAAGCACGUUCCCCACUUGUAUACACUGUCUGUCCAUAUUAGUUGAUAAUGAUAACAGAAGAUGGGAGACCAUGUGUUUCACGGGGACUGUCUUGGGAAAGUGAAGUGGAAAUAUUCCUCCUCAUUUGCCCAUUUUAUUAAAUGAGCCUUACUUGAAAGGUCUUAAAAAAUGAAGGAAUACAGCUACAAAAAAGUUUUUGUAGUGAUAAAUCACUAACAAUGUGCCAGAUUUAGCAGCACAAUGCUAUGUUUUUGUACAAGAAAAAAUCUUAGAAUUAUUAUUUGAAUGAAAGGAUUUCGGUAAGAGAAGUUUUCUUUAAAGACUAGAUAUGUGCAGAAGUAUUGUUUGAGCUAAAAAUUCUGCAGUAAUACAUUUGUGUGAAUUGAGAUUUAUAUGAUUGAGAAUGAGAGUUAGCUGGGGAAACAUUUCUCAACAAGGUCAUUUUCACAUUUGAUAUUUUUUAAAGAAAUUGGGUUGUAAUCUUUUAUAUCUCUUGACUCCUUAAGUUAAUGCUGUCUUGAAAACAAGGUCUGACAAUAUUAAUACUAAAAAAUUCAGAUGUAUUUUAGAGACUUUGUUAUUUCUGUAUUAUGUAUUUCAAUGGAAAAAUCGUGUACCCAAUGGCUUUGUUGAAAAUCAGAGAGUAUAUUUAUUUUUGUUGGUGAAGUGUUAUUGCUCAAUGGUAGCCAGCAAUAAUAUUAAAAAUACUCCAUUGUGGGGACAAUAACUUAUUUAUUACUUAGAACAUAUUAGACUCAUCCUCAAGUUAUUAUGUAAGAUCUUUACCUCAAAAAAUAGUUGUGAGGCUUUGUUUUCAAGGUUUUGUUAUGAGGCAGUUAUCUCAUUCUAAUUCUGAAACCUUAGGUGCUUUUUGCUUCAAAAUGGUUGGUGAAUAUUUUUGAUUCUAUGAAAUCUGGCAUGCUAUGAAUCACUAAAGAGAAUAGAAAAAUUACAUCACAGAGCGCUUUUAUUUUUUCCUCUAAGGGAAAUAGAGUGUAUAGUGAGUUAAUUUGACCUGGUACAGUUUCAUCAAUUUUGUUCAGUGUUUUCUCACUAUCAUCUAGAUUCACUCAAACUCAGAAAGACAAAGUAUCCAGCUUCUAUUGCGUACCUGACUGAUAUUUACAUUCUCAUGUUGAGGUCUUCUCAUUUGGAUGGUAGCUCCUAUAACUUAGUCUUUAGAUAUCUGGAUUUUGACUUUUUGCAAAUGUAUGAAUUUUGAAACCAUUUAUUUAUCUGGACAGAAACAGAUAAUGAAAUGUCGAUGUUAACUAUUUUUUAGCAUAUUACAUUAUACAUUUAAAAAAAAAAUCAAAACAGCAUUAAAAUGAAUGUGAAAGAUGUCUGACAAUACUGCAGAUGGAACAUUAGAUAUUGCAUACUACCAAAAACAUUGUCAUGAACAUAAAUGAAAAUCCAGAAAUCUUUGACGAAGUGAGUUUCUCAUACAUUCAACAAAGUGAUUCAAAAUGAAAUGUUUUAAGUUUCAUUGAUGAGAAUUACUUAUUUGCCUUAAUAUCACAUCAUACUGAUUCAGUGCACUGUCAGAAAAUAUUGGCCUCUUAUCAUUUCCCUUAAUACAAGAGUUGAGUUUUACCUUCCUUAAAAUUUUGAGCAAUUUCUAAGUAGCUAUUCUUUGCUAUAGUAAUUCUCUCUACUCAAUGAUAACUCACUGCCUAUCUUUUUUCAAUUUCUAGAAGUUUAUUGUACGUGUACUUUGUUUUAUUUAUAUACGAAGGAACUAUAUUGUAUUUGUUUUGUUCAAAUGAAUAGUUUUGAUCUCAUCCAUGUUAGCUGUUACUUCACAUAACUCAGGUAAUAGAAAGAAACCAAGUAUUACAAAAGAAAUCUUGAAUCACUUUGUCCUGGUAUUACAUCUAUACAUGUUUGCAUAAUCCUUAUAAGCAUGUCUGUUAUACUCUUACCUAGUUUGUAGUGCUUGCAUUUUUUUCAUAUGUGUACAUACAUAAUAUAUCCUUUGAUUGUGACAAAAGAGCAUUGAACUAUAAACUGCUAUUUAUUUGAUAUGCUGAAUUUCCUGCCAUUAAAAAAGCAUCCAUAUUGUAGGAUUUGUGAAGUUGCUUGACACAACAUGAAUUUUGACUUGUCUUUGCUUUUUUUUUCCAUAGUACUGUAUUGUUAUCUAAAUAGAGAAAUAUUCAGAUGCUAGAUUUGAAUAUUACACUCACUUUAUUCUUGUACCUACUUUUCUUUCUUGUGGUGACACAUUUCCUUGAAUUUCUUGUUUUGCUUUCACUGCUACAGUUUCUCCAGUUAAUUGUAAGGUUUUUUUUCCCUCCAAGGGAAUGGAAAUGUUUUCAUAAAAUGCCUGCAUCUCUGCUUAAUAAUUCAAGCUUGUACUUCAUCUUAUACUAUAUUUAAAAAUUAUAGAUGCUGUUGCACUUUAAAUGCUUUGAAAAUUCAAUUUGCUUUCAUUUUUUUCGCCUUUAGCUCCUUUGUAUGAAAAGUACAUGUUUUAAUUUUUAUGAGGUCUUGAUUAUUUUUCAAUUGCAAACUUUUCGUUUCUACCAUAAAC